AUGAUGAACUACGUGCUACUGUUGAUCUAUGCAUUAUUUCCUUGCAUUUGCGCUGUUGCUAGAUUUGAGCCAAUAUCCGUCAAUGACGUUUCUGUCGUGAUUCGAAUGAUCAAGGGCAAUAACGUGAGCAGUUUCGAUAUGGCCGUGGAAAUUUUUGAUUUGGAUCGGCUCAAUGUAUACCGUACAACAGACCUGGAAGGCACUACAAGGGAUCAAUUAUUCUCGUUCGAUGGCCUCACUCCUGGUACAUGGUUCGCUUUUCGGAUACAAUACCAAUUGCACUAUGAAAAUUCCGAAGAUCCACAAAAUAUUUUCAAAACAAAACAGGAAAUUAUUGUGCGAACAAGGGACUCCCAUUUUGAAGAUCAUACGAAAAUCAACGACACCAUUGCUUACAUCGAUGAUUUGUUCAUUACUAAGGACAACAUUUACAUAGGUGUGGCGUCGGUUUUCAAGGACACUAAGAAGGUCAUCACUGUGAUUGUUCCCGAGCUUCGAUGCUCGAAAGGUGUGCUCAAACCACUUGCUCAACAGAUGGCCACAGAAAAGAAAAGGGUAGCGAUUGUUGGAGCAGGUGCAUCUGGACUACCGUCUAUCAGGCAUGCUCUGCUCUACGAUCUUGAUGUUACUUGCUAUGAGGCUUCCUCAUAUGUGGGUGGUCUAUGGCGAUACAGAGAAGAAGAAACUGAGUGUGAGUACAAGUUUCCUGAUUUCUAA